UCUGGAGUAGGUGGUUAAAAGCAGUAGCAAGCCCUGAUGCUGGAUGCAGGGUCUCAGCCCAUCUUCCCCAGCAGACAUGGGGGACCUGGUCAGUGUGGGAGCCCACAGGCAGGGGCUGUGCCAGCCACAGAGCCCUCUCUCCCGAUGCAGGGCUGCCCUCUGCUCUGCGGGGCUCCGGCACAGCCGGCUGAACCCCGGCAUUGCUUGUCACCUCACAUUACCUGACGGACAGACUCGGGGCCCGCUUUGGCCUGUGUAAAUGUCACCUGUGCCAAGUGCUACUGCAAAGGCAGAGGCAGCCGGCUGUAGCAGUCAUGCAGGACUGAGUCCCGUCUCUUCAGUGCCCUCUGCUCUGUCCCAGAGCUGCUUCUCUGCUGCAGACCAGCUACUUGCUGGCCUUGCUCUGCUGCUAUGCUGUCGUUUCUGGCUGUCUCCCAAAUCAUGGAAGAAAAUACCUUGAGGAAGGCCAUGCCGCCACUGCAAGCCCAAGAUUCCCCUGUCCAUGCCAGCUCCACAUCUGUGAGCCUGUCAUCAAGCCUUUCCUCGGGAAAUUCGGUGGAGGGGCACCACAACUACCUCGAAGCCCCUGCGAACGCCUCCCGGUCUCUGCCAUCCCCCAUGAAUGCCAUCGGGUCUCCAGUGAACUCACUGGGCUCACCGUACAGAGUCAUUGCGUCCUCCAUCAGCUCACACCCCGUCUCACUGCCUUCAGCCCCGGGCAUGAAUUUUGUGACACAUGCAAGUCCACAGCUCAAUAUCUUGAACAAUGUCAGCAGCUCAGAGGAUGUCAAACCCUUGCCAGGUCUCCCAGGGAUUGGGAACAUGAAUUAUCCAUCUACAAGCCCAGGAUCCUUAGCCAAACACAUCUGUGCCAUCUGUGGGGACAGGUCCUCAGGGAAGCACUAUGGGGUGUACAGCUGUGAGGGCUGCAAAGGCUUCUUCAAGAGGACAAUCCGGAAGGACCUGGUCUACACCUGCCGUGACAACAAGGACUGCCUCAUAGACAAGCGCCAACGCAACCGCUGCCAGUACUGCCGCUAUCAGAAGUGCCUCGUGAUGGGCAUGAAGAGGGAAGCUGUGCAGGAGGAGAGGCAGAGGAGUAGGGAGCGGAGCGAGAACGAAGCCGAGUCCACAAGCGGUGGCAGCGAGGACAUGCCUGUGGAGAGGAUCCUAGAAGCUGAGCUGGCAGUCGAACCCAAGACAGAAGCAUACAACGAUGUGAAUACAGAGAGCUCGACAAAUGACCCUGUUACCAACAUAUGCCACGCAGCUGACAAGCAGCUCUUCACACUUGUUGAGUGGGCCAAGCGAAUCCCUCACUUCUCUGACUUGACCCUGGAAGAUCAAGUCAUUCUCCUCCGGGCAGGAUGGAAUGAGCUGCUCAUUGCCUCAUUCUCCCAUCGCUCUGUGUCAGUGCAGGAUGGCAUCCUUCUGGCCACGGGCUUGCAUGUGCACCGCAGCAGUGCCCACAGUGCUGGUGUGGGCUCCAUCUUUGACAGGGUUUUGACAGAACUGGUGUCCAAAAUGAAAGACAUGCAGAUGGAUAAGUCAGAGCUGGGGUGCCUGCGAGCCAUUGUCCUGUUUAACCCAGAUGCUAAAGGUUUGUCCAGCCCUUCAGAAGUGGAAUCACUGAGGGAGAAGGUCUAUGCCACGCUGGAAGCCUACACAAAGCAGAAGUACCCCGAGCAGCCAGGGCGGUUUGCCAAACUCCUUCUACGUCUGCCAGCACUGCGGUCCAUCGGGCUGAAGUGCCUGGAGCACCUCUUCUUCUUCAAGCUGAUUGGAGACACCCCCAUUGACACCUUCCUCAUGGAGAUGCUGGAGACACCCCUUCAGGUCACUUGAGGGUCUGGCCUCUCUCUGGCCAGACCCUGUCUCCCCACUGUGCCCCUGCACAGCCUCCCACCCCUCCUCUCUGAGUCUGUGAGAGCUCCCACCCUCCCUCCACUCCUCCUCGGUGGGAUUGUUGCGUUUUGUACAGCUGUAAAUCACCUCCUCUAACCCUCCCUGGCCUGGCUGUGGGAGGUCACAGAUCCUCUGACCAGUUAACCAUUCCCCUGACCCCUGUACAGAUAAUCGCUUUAAAUUAUUUUUUCAUUCUCAAUAAAAACCAACAAAACAAAUAAAAUAAUAUAUGAGAGAGACACUGA